AUGCCCUCUGCUCUACAUUAUAAUAAUUAUUCAGUAACACAAGUUGCGAACCUUCUUUAUGUUAGUGAAAGUCUGAUAAGAAAAGUAUUAUGGCUAUAUAAAAAAUGGGGAACUGUAACCAAUCCAUGGCAGAAAGUACGUGGACGGUCUAAAACUUUUAAUAGAGAUAAUAUGAAUGUAGAAAUAAUUUCACAAAUGGAAAUUCAGUGUGGUAAAACUGUUUCAAUUUCAACUAUGUGGCGUUCAUUAGCUUAUUGUGGAAUAACAUGGAAAAAAGUAUUUAAUUUAUUUAUAUUGAUGUAA